AUGCAGCGCCAUCCAUUCCCCGACGACGACCCCCCCUUCCGCUUCGACUUCCGAACCGCCUCAACCCCCUUCCCCCAUGACCAAUACCCCCCUCGCGAACGAUAUCAACCCCGCUACACAUCCUACACAUCCUACCCACCCUCCACCCCCUACCAAACAAACCCAAAAAACCCAGCAAACUCCACCACCACCAGCCCACCCUAUCACACCCUCUCCCUAGUCAUCACUUUGACCCUCUUAUUUACUUACUACCGCCGCGACCUGGGCCAGUUGCUGCUGUAUUGGGCGUGGAGAGCGCUGAGAUUGAAUCCGUAUCCGUGGAUGGUGCCGGAGGUGUUGAGGGCGAGGGGGGGCGAUUGGUUACCUGGGGAGGGCUGUGGGAGGGAUUCUGAGACUGGGACUGAGACGGAGACGGAGACGGGGUCUAAGAGGGAGUCUAAGAGGGAGUCUAAGAGGGAGCACAAGCACAGCUGGUCCAGCUGCGGGUACAACACCCCCCAAGAAAAGGAGCAGCAAGAGGAGUCCAAGUACGAGCAGGAGCAGCAAGAGCGCAAGUACGAGGAGCAGCAAAAGUCCAAGUCCAAGUCCAAGUACGAGAAGGAGAAGGAGCAGCAAGACCGGUACUGGUCCACCCUCCACGCUUUACACCCUUCUCCCUCCCACUCCCCGCACAACCUCCCCACGCUAAUCCAUCUCCUCCUCACUUAUAUCCUCACCUUCCUCCUUCUCUCCCUCCUCCCUGCCUCAGUCGGCCUAGGGUUGUCCUCGCUGCUUGAUACCACGCUCGGCACGCCAUUGCGUAUUUAUAUCCGCCUCGCUGGGCUGUGCACCGCUCUCCGCUACAGCCUGCGCCUAGCGAAAGUAAUAUGGCGGAUAAGCUGGCUAGUAGCCCUCUGGAUAGCCGAAGUCGCCACCGAGGCAGGUCGGGAAUGGAUGAGGGUAGUGAGGGAGAACUGGAGGUUGGUAUGGGCCGGAUGGGGGGUUUGGUUUGGGUGGGUGGUGGCUAGGGGGGUGGUGGGGGUUGUGGAGGAGUGGAUGGGAUUGGGGGUAGGGGAGUAUGGGGAGGAUAGGGAUGGGUGGUUGGUGGAGGUGGGGUUGUCGCUGGUUGCUGGGGGGAUGUACUGGGUUGGGGAUUUGGUGAGGGAUUUGGCGAGGUGGUUGGGUCAGACGUAG